GUUCCAUGCGAUUUCGAUAACAACAUCUUCGUGCUGGCCAUGUUCAUGGACACCACUUACCUGAUCCUCUUCAUCAACUUCUUCUUGCAAUCUUAUGUGCUUCGUGGUGGUAAAGCUAAAUACCAGACGGUGGCCACUGAAACGAAGAAGAGAAAAUAG